CAUUUGUAUCCUGGUGAUACGUGUCGUUCACGUGGAAGACUCGUGCGAUGCCGGCAAGCGGACGGAAACUUAGCCAGUCGGUGAUCGUGUCUUAGUUCGAAGGUGCAGUCCAGAGCCUGAGACACGACAUGAGAAGAGCGAAGAGGUGCAAGAAUUUCAUCAAGUCAGCAUUACCGUGUACCGUGUUGUGCGCUGUGGUCUGUUCAGUGCUGUACACACUUGACGCCUUCGGUCCACGUGAUGUGACGUUUUUUGGUGGCAACUUUACUAAACCGCACACAGCAUAUCGCGUUCUUAUAUGGCACAGCUUUGGCCAGGAUUUUUUUGAACGAAUUUUCGGCCACAAUGCCAUCAAGAAGUGCUCAUUUCCAUGCAAGUUCAGCCAAGACCGAAAAGAUCUGUAUCGAAGCGACGUCGUCAUUUUGCAGAGUUUUUUCAAGUCGUUCUGGAAAAGUCUCCCUCGUCGCCGCAGACCGGGCCAGGCGUGGAUGUUGUACGCCAUGGAGCCUCCGCACAGACUGCCUGUGAACGCUUCGAAGUUGGAUGCGCUGGGUAUUAACUGGACUCUCUCUUAUCGAUUCGACGCGGACGUCGUCCACAGGCACAGCUUUAGGACGGUGCGUAGGCGAAGCGUAAAUCGCGUGUCGGCGCCGGACCCGAAGGCCAGACCCGUAGCGUGGAUCGUGUCCAAUUGCCGGAGCUUCAGCCGCCGCGAGAGCUACGUGGAGGAGCUGCAGAAGGUCGUCCCGGUGGACGUGUUUGGUCGGUGCGGGCGACACCGCUGCCGCGAGCAGCACUUCGGCUGUUACCGGGAGAUCGCGGACAACUACUCCUUCUACCUGGCCUUUGAGAACUCCAUCUGCAAGGACUACAGCACCGAGAAGCUCUUCUACCCGCUGAUGAGCUCCAUGGUUCCCGUCGUGAUGGGCGGCGCCAAUUACUCCGCGGUCGCGCCUCCUGGGUCCUACAUAAACUUCGCCUCUUUCAGGACAGCUCGAGAACUGGGAGCCUAUCUGCUGGAGCUGCAAGGAAACCCGCAGGCUUACAAGCGCUACUUCGAGUGGAAAAAGCACUACGCCAUAGAGAGGCCUUCCUUCGGUUGCACCACGUGCGAACAGAUUCACCGGCUCUUCGGGCACCCCGCGAGAGAAAUCCGCCGCAGUCUGUACGAGUACCUCUGGCAAGAGGCACGCUGCACCACGUGGCAGGGGCUCCUCAACAGGGACCUGGUCGUAACGCGACCCAUGUUGUCAACUGUGCGCUAUCAAGACGGCAGCAGACUUCUAGCCUGUGUACCAUUCCACGUACUGCACAAGCUGUUACGCAAGCACACUGCGUGCCCCAACUAAUGCAUGGCAAGCUAUAUAAAUAGACGAUUCGGCAGAACCCGUCUCAUUAUGACUGCCGACGGUAACGUGUUUCGCACUGAAUCAACAUAGCGGCACAACGCAAUGACGCCGUCGAAACGGCUUGUGUAUGAGGCGUGUACUAUACAGCGGGACUUUCAACACUUGGCGUCUUCUGGCGCCGCCGCCGCGAAGGCUGCGCCGUUGCCUGCGAACGCUAGAAAGGCGUCAGGCGGCAACCCGGCUCCUCUCUCGUGCUUGGGAUGAAUGGGUGUAUGCUACGAGCGUCUCCACGGGGCGUUGGGUUGCCCCAUCAAGCUAUUUUUCUUAUUUUAACUAACGUGUUAACUAUCUUCUUUUUAACAGACAAACAAUUCCAAGCAUGAAACUUUCGGGAACUGUUCUUGUACGCCUCCGUUGUUUGUGGUCUCCCUACUUUACUGCCGCCAAACCUCCGAUCGCGUUUUACUAAUCUCGAAUGCCAACAUGUUUACUUUCCGCCUGUUAACACUGAACCCAAGGGUUUCAAGGAGCCUAUGAGAGCCUAAACCGACAGCUGCGUAGAUAUUAUAGCAUACUAAUAAAAUAUGUUCCAUCGUUUCCCUAGGUUUACCCCAGCAGCACAUGCUGCUUCUGCCUUGCUGUGCCACGCUUUAUAACUAGACGUUCUGAGGUAUCCUGAUCUCGCUUCGAAAAGUAUACAGGGUGUUUCACGUAACGCUGGCCAAACUUCAAAAAUAUGCAAAUACCACGUAACGGGACCGAACCAAGAUGAUGUUGUUUGCCGUCGCUUAGAGAUACUCAGAUUAUUUUUUGCCUUCCGCCUAAUUACAUAAUGAGUCUUCAUUAACUAUUCAACUUCUAAAUUAUUAUAAUGAGAUGAAAAGUGUAAAUGAGAAAAUUGUAAAACAUGAAUAACUCGCGAUACAGCUUUCUGUUGUUCAAUAUGUGCUACAUAAAGUUUUUCCGAGCGUGAAAGAAGCUCGCGAAUUCAAGCAAAAUUGCCGCGCGAUUGGCCUCUCGAGGCACUUUGCGUAUAUUCGCGAGCUUAUUUCACGCUCGCAGAAACACUUUUAUGUAGCACGUAUUGAGCAACAGAAAGCUGUAUCGGGAGCUGUAUCUAAAGCU